CAUGUGUUCGAUCAAAUAACUAGACCAAACCUCACUCUACAUACUCUCCCGUCAAAACCGCCCUUCAACAAGCACAAUGUCUCACAUUUCCAACCACUACUGUUCGCUACUGAAACAAUGCUGCGAAACUCGUAAUUUACACCAAGCGAAAGGGCUACAUGCUAGCAUAGUCAAAACCGUAGCAAACCCAGAAACCUUUUUGCUUAACAACCUCAUAAAUGCGUACUAUAAGCUGAAGAGAAUUACAUAUGCACGCCAUGUGUUCGAUCAAAUAACUAGACCAAACCUCUUUUCGUGGAACACCAUUCUCUCUGCUUACUCGAAAUCUGGAGAUGUUGUAAAAAUGCGAGAAAUAUUUAAUUCGUCUCCCAAGAAAGACGGGGUUUCUUGGAACUUGAUAAUAUCGGGGUAUGUGGAUUCUGGAUUGAGUGAUAAGGCUUUGGAGGCCUAUAAGUUGAUGUUAAGAAAUGGAUUGGUGAAUUUGAAUAGAAUUACGCUUUCCACUAUGAUUAUAAUGUUGUCAAACAAGGGUUGGGUUGAUUUGGGUAGGGGAAUUCAUGGGCUAAUAGUGAAAUGCGGGUUUGAGUCAUAUGUUUUUGUGGGAAGUCCGUUGGUGGACAUGUAUGCUAAAUGUGGUUUGAUAUGUGAGGCAAAACGCGUAUUUGAUGAGUUGCCUGAGAGAAAUUUGGUUAUGUAUAAUACGAUGAUUAUGGGUUUUAUGAGGUGUGGGAUGGUGGGAGAGUCUGAGCAUUUGUUUAGGGGUAUGCCUGAGAAGGACUCAAUUACUUGGACUACAAUGAUUACAGGGCUCACACAGAAUGGAUUGUUAAAAGAAGCAGUGGAUCUGUUUCGUGAAAUGAGGUUUAAAGACUUCGAUAUAGAUCAAUUUACUUUUGGCAGCAUCUUGACUGCUUGUGGAGGUCUUGUGGCAUUGGGAGAAGGCAAUCAAAUUCAUGCUUAUAUAAUUAAAACUGAUUAUGUGGACAAUAUUUUUGUUGGCAGUUCCCUAGUUGACAUGUACUCUAAGUGUAGAAGCAUUAAAAAUGCAGAAACAGUUUUUAGGAGAAUGAUCCACAAAAAUAUUGUAUCUUGGACUGCCAUGGUAGUCGGUUAUGGCCAGAAUGGGUACAGUGAGGAAGCUGUUCGAGUUUUUUGCGAAAUGCAGAGAGAUGGGAUUUGGCCAGAUGAUUUUACUCUAGGAAGUGUGAUUAGCUCUUGUGCUAAUCUUGCUUCCUUGGAAGAGGGAGCCCAGUUUCAUGGUCAAGCACUAGUUUCAGGCUUAAUUUCCUUCAUUACGGUUUCUAAUGCACUUGUAACACUGUAUGGGAAAUGUGGCAGCAUAGAAGAGUCUCAUCGUUUGUUUAAUGAGAUGAAGUAUAGGGAUGAAGUGUCUUGGAGCGCAUUAGUUUCAGGCUAUGCACAAUUUGGAAAAGCAAGAGAAACAAUUAGUUUAUUUGAGGAAAUGUUAGCUCAUGGUCUACAACCUGAUGGAGUUACAUUUAUUGGUGUUCUUUCUGCUUGCAGUAGGGCUGGACUUGUGGAGCAAGGGAGUCAAUAUUUUGCGUCAAUGACAGAACAAUAUGGAAUUAUGCCAAUUCUUGGUCACUACACUUGCAUGAUUGAUCUGUAUAGUCGAGCUGGACAAUUAGAAGAAGCAAGAACAUUCAUACUCAAAAUGCCUUGUCAUCCUGAUGCAAUUGGUUGGGCUACAUUAUUAAGCUCAUGUAGAAAUCGUGGUAACCUGGAAAUAGGGAGAUGGGCAGCAGAAUGUCUUCUGGAAUUGGAUCCUCACAAUCCUGCUGGCUAUGUAUUGCUUGCUAGUAUGUAUGCUGCUAAAGGGAAAUGGGAUCAGGUGUCUCAGCUAAGAAGAGGAAUGAGGGAUAAAGGUGUGAAAAAGGAACCUGGAUUUAGUUGGAUCAAGUAUAAGAACGUAGUACACAUUUUCUCAGCUGAUGACAAGUCAAAUCCAUUUUCGAAUCAGAUAUAUGAAGAGAUGGAUAAAUUAAACUAUAAAAUGAUAAAGGAGGGAUAUGUUCCAGACACGAGUUCUGUUCUGCAUGAUGUUGAAGAAUCAGAGAAAACAAAGAUGCUAAACUAUCAUAGUGAAAAACUGGCUAUUGCAUUUGGUUUACUAUUUAUUCCUCCUGGGUUGCCUAUAAAAGUGGUUAAAAAUCUCCGAGUAUGUGUGGACUGCCAUAAUGCAACUAAAAUAAUUUCAAAGAUCACCAGCAGAGAGAUUCUUGUGAGAGAUGCUGUACGUUUCCAUUUAUUUAAAGACGGAAAAUGUUCUUGUGGAGAUUUCUGGUAGUGGGUUUUAUUGGCAUUUAAAAGAUAUCAGGGAGGACACUGAAACCUUCUAAGAUAUCGUGCAAAUGGCUAGAGCCAUGAUCUUGAACACCUUUUGGAAUAUAAGUUAGGUCAUUUGCGAGCAAAAUUUUACCAAUUUCUCAUGAAAGAUUAUCAGAUUACUGGAGAAAACUAGUGGCUUGGUGUCUUUUAAAGGAAUAGUGAGCUGCUCUUCCAUCAACUUGUAUGAAGAUUCUAACUAGCCACACUAUUGAAGUUUCUUCUAGACAAGAUGGCUCAGUAUGAUUCAUUUUGUACAGGAAAGAAGUAAGGCAUUAGAAAACUACCUGGAAACGAGUGCAGAUUUCUAUGACUUCAGCUAGCAGUGCCCAAUCGCUGAAGUUUCUCUGAAUGAACUGGUUUCUUGGAAUGUAGUUGGUGGGCUUCAUCUCUGUACAUGAAAUUCUAGAUUUGUUGGAAGCACAGUUGACAAUGUAAGUUGAUGUCGAGUGCAGUAUAUUCAUAAGAUGAUACUGGGUUGACGGAUGCGGAGGAGCAUAGCUGGUUUCUCACGCCAUAAUUCUGAAGCUUUAAUUGGAGGUGUUCUAGUUUUCACCAGAUGCUCCACUCCAAUCUUAUAUUCUGGAGUUAGUUUGUGAAUCAAAAUAUUCUCAAUCGCGGAAUAAGUGAUGAGGACAUCGGACGUUUACUUAUUUUAUUUAAGCAUUAUUUAUUUUUGGACUAUUAUUUAAAAUUUGGACUUGUAUGGGGCUCGAGCCCAAUCUCAUUAGGGUUGGUUGAUUAUUUAAACAUAUUUUGCAUUGUAAUUUUCAGUUGAUGAAUGAAUAAU